CAGUCAGUCACUGUGUCGGCUUCGUGAGGCGUGCACGGCAGAGAUUUGCUUUUGGGUGAUUUCCCGUUGAAAAGCCACAGAUUUGGUGAACUCAAGAUGAACCCAAAGCUUCUUCGGUGAUUGAGGUGGGAUCUUCUGGAAGAAUCAAUUAGUGUCGUUGGGAGUUUGAUGGUGAAAAGCAGCGCGGCGGAAAAACAUGACACGUCGGAAUUUCGGUCAAGUUGAUAAAAAAGAAAGUUAAAAAAAAGAGAGUUUCUCUCCACGGUACCCCCCAAAAGUGACCAAUAAAUCACACCACAGUCAUCCCGGAUUGAGUUUUGUCAACAUCACACCAAGGAAGUGCCCAACAGGAAGUAAAUCUCAGUCAUGGCUCUCACGGCGGAAGCAAAACCGCACGAUUACAGUUUUGUCCUGAAGAACUUUUGUGCGGGAGGACUAGCAGGGAUGUGCUCCAAGACUGCUGUUGCCCCACUGGAUCGCAUAAAGAUCCUCUUUCAGGCACAUUCAAAGCACUACAAGCAUUUGGGUGUGUUCAGUGGGUUACGGGAGAUUGUCGUGAAGGAGUCCUUCUUUGCUCUCUACAAAGGAAAUGGGGCACAAAUGGUGAGGAUUUUUCCCUAUGCUGCCAUCCAGUUUACGGCAUUUGAAGUCUACAAAAAGUACCUGAUAACUGCUCUGCCGGCUUCUGUGAUGUACGUAAAGCAUGCUGAUAAGUUCUUUGCUGGAGCUGGAGCAGGGCUCACGGCAGUCACGCUCACGUAUCCUUUGGAUGUGGUUCGUGCACGUCUUGCCUUUCAAGUUGUGGGUGAGCACAAGUACUCAGGCAUUGUUAAUACAGCAUCAACCAUCUUCCGCAAUGAAGGGGGCAUUAGGGCGCUCUAUCGUGGCUUUGUGCCCACCCUGUCGGGGAUGGUUCCCUACGCUGGACUCUCCUUCUACUGCUUCGAAAUGUUCAAGUUCGUCUGCAUGAAGUACAUGCCGCAAUUUACGUGUAACACCUCCGAAAGGAAUACUGGUGGUCUCGUCCUCAAUGUACCCUCAAAACUACUCUGCGGAGGUUUUGCCGGAGCUGUGGCUCAAUCCUUCUCAUAUCCACUGGAUGUGACACGAAGAAGAAUGCAAUUGGCCAUGAUGAAUCCAGAUACAGCGAAAUUCGGUUUGGGCAUGUUUAAGACACUGACGUUGAUUUAUCGUGAAAAUGGGAUUAUAAAGGGACUCUACCGUGGAAUGUCCAUCAACUACUUACGAGCCAUUCCCAUGGUGGCUGUCUCCUUUUCAACGUAUGAGCUCCUCAAGCAGGCUCUCUCUCUGGAUACAGGCAUGAAUCUAUAGAAUAAUUUUCACAUGAAAAAAGGAUAUUUUUAGGCGCAAAAGGAGAGUAAAGUGGUUGUAAAGUUUAACAGAAAAAAAGUGAAGAAAUUUUUAAAGGUGCUGGAAUUUUCUUACCAUUUUAUUUUUAGUUUUAGUUUAGUUGGAGGAUUUUUAAUGACAUGAUAUUGAGAUUUAAAUGACGGGUAAAAUAUUUUUGUUGAUUUUUCUAUUUUUCUGUAUUAAAAAAAAUAUAAUGAAUGAUCAUGACAAAGUUUCUCAAAGUUUUUCUUUUAGUAGUGGUUGAAUCAUUCCAAAAGUGAAGAGAAUUAUAUUUUUCUAAUAAAAAAAAUCAGCAGAAAAAGGAAAAGAUAAUUUUAAAAUUAUUUCUUAUUGUCUGUUAAAAGUUUGAAAAAAAAUUAAUUGUUUGAGCUUUAUUUCUUUUUUUAUUCUUUUAUUCUUUUCUCUACAUCAUCAGAGGAUUUUUUUCCUUUCAAUUUUCUUCAUUCUGAUUACAUUGAAUUUAUUUUAUUUACACAUUUAAGUUUUUUUCACACAAAUUUUAUUAGUUACUUUCUACAUUCUUUUUCAUAUACACUGACUUAAACUAAUAAUUUUAUAUUUAAUCAGUUCCCAUUAAAAUUGUUGAGAUAGGAUAUGAUAUAUAUAAUUUAAUGUAUUUUAUUGUUUUAAAAAUGGAAAGGGGUGUGGGAGGAAAUAGAGAAGAUACUGAGAACUUAUUGCUGUUCAAUUUUUUUUAAUUAUAUAUUUGUUAAAACAAAGAAAUAGUUUUCUUUAGCAGAUCUUUUAGUGUAGAAAAAAGUAAAUGGAUAAUUUAGUUUUUUGUCAUUCAUCACUUUUUUAAUUUUAAUUUUAUAAAAUAAAAAUAAUUUUAGGUACAGAAAUGGAAAAAUAAAGAAAACUUUCGAGAUCAAUGAGAAAAAUUUGAAUUAAAAUUCGUUAAAAAUUUAAAGCUCUUCUUAAGAACUUUUACAAUAAAAAAAUAAAUUCAGUGGGUUUCUUGUUUUGUCUCUAGAUAUGAUCAGAAAGCACUAAGAGAGUAUAUUUUUCAUGUAGUAUCACUUUUACACAGUUUUACAACAAGUUUUUUUUAUCCUUAAUCUUAUUUAUAAUUUUUGGUAGGUCAGUCAAAGAAUUUUCUUUAAAAAUUUUCUUUUGGAAAACAACCUUCAAUGUGCGAAGAAAUUAAAUUUAGUAAAAAUUUAAAUGGAGGAUAGUAUUAAAAAAAAUUAAUUAUUAUUUUUUCUUCAAAGUAUAUGACAAUAAAAAUAUGAAUAAUAUAUUA